UUUACAGGCAGCUCAGUUUCCAGUCCCGAAGAAAAAUGGCGGAAUAAUCUCUCAUCAUCUCAUCUCUCAUCUAAUCAUCGUUUUCAAUCCAAGAUUACUGAAACCAAAUCGUUUACCGCCAUGAAUCUAUCUCAAAACUCCAAACGGAUUCAUCUCCAGUUCUUUCUCUUUCUUCAAUUACUCUUUCUCUCUUCUUCCUCCCAAACUCCACUCAACUGUUCCGAUUCAUCUCGACUAUGCUCAUCCUUCCUCGCCUUCAAGCCAAACGCAAACGACACACUUCAACUCCUCCAAUCCAUGUUCGACGUUCUUCCACACGAUAUCACAGUCGAAGGAAACGGUCGAGAUUACGUCUUCAUCCGUAAGAACUGUUCCUGUUCUCCGUUAUUAAAUAAGUAUUUGACCAAUACGACGUAUACAGUUAGACAAAACGGAGGAUCUCUUCACGAUAUUAUGAUCGAUGCAUACGAGGGUUUAGCUUUUCUACCUAAUUAUACUAGGGCGGCUAGAGCUGGUGCAAUCGUUUCGUUAAAGCUGUUUUGUGGAUGUUCGAGUGGACUUUGGAAUUAUCUGAUGAGUUAUGUGAUGGGAGAGAAUGAUAGUAUUGAAUCAUUGGCUAGUAGAUUUGGGGUUAGUAUGGCUAGUAUUGAAUCUGUUAAUGGAAUUGUUAAUUCUGAUAAUGUUACUGUUGGAUCUCUAUACUAUAUUCCUUUAAAUUCAGUUCCUGGUGAGCCAUCAUAUCCUACAGAGAGUGUUGUUCCUCCAGCUCCUGCUUCUGUUCUAGCACCGCCUGUUGAUGAUGUUGCAGAAAAACAAGCAAAGAAAAGCGAGUCUCAUAUACCAUAUGGGUGGAUUCUAGGAUGCUUAGGAGUUGGUUUGGCUGUGAUUGUUGUUCUGGCUCUCCUUCUAUGCAUUUGCAUGAGGUCAUCCAUUUGUUUUGGUGAAGACCGACGUAACCUUUCAAAUAGUCCAAAUGGGAAUGUUUCUCACAAGUUCCAUAUUCUUUUGGGCACAAGUUUCUGCUGCAAAUCAUCUGUCGAAGUUAAGCAAGCAAGUGGUGAACCGAGCAACCGCCAUAUAAAUGUUCCCAAAGGUGUGAUGAAUGAUGUUUUUGAUAUGGAAAAGCCUUUGGUUUUUACUUAUGAAGAAAUUAUGUCAUCUACUGAUGGUUUUUCUGAUUCAAACCUUCUGGGACACGGGACAUAUGGAUCAGUGUAUUAUGGUGUUCUUCGGAAGAAGGAGGCUGCAAUAAAAAAAAUGACCGUGACAAAAUCUAAAGAGUUUGUGGCUGAACUGAAAGUUCUUUGCAAGGUUCAUCAUGCAAAUUUGGUAGAAUUGAUUGGCUAUGCUGCAACAGAUGAUGAUCUCUACCUCAUUUAUGAAUUUGCGCAAAAAGGUUCAUUAAAAAACCAUAUACACGACCCUCAAAACAAAGGACAUACAUCCCUUUCAUGGAUUAUGAGGGUUCAGAUUGCACUUGAUGCUGCUAGAGGUCUGGAGUAUAUUCAUGAGCAUACCCGACCUCACUAUGUACAUCGAGAUAUCAAGGCAAGCAACAUCUUGCUGGACGAUUCCUUCCGAGCAAAGGUUUCAGAUUUUGGGCUGGCAAAGCUUGUUGGAAUGCCUAAUGAUGGUGAAGCUUCGGUGACACGAGUUGUUGGAACUUUCGGUUAUGUAGCGCCAGAGUACUUGAGGGAAGGUUUGGCGACCAAGAAGAGCGAUGUUUAUGCCUUUGGAGUUAUUCUUCUUGAAAUUAUAUCAGGAAAGGAAGCGGUCACAAGAUCAGAUGAAGUUAUGAAUCCACAAAGGCGCUCGUUGGUUUCUAUUAUGCUAUCAGCUCUAAGAAACUCAGCAAGCUUGAAAAAACACAUUGAUCCUAAUAUGAUGGACAUAUAUCCACUUGAUUGUGUUUUCAAGGUGGGAAUGUUAGCGAAACAAUGUGUGGAUGAUGACCCGAUAUUGAGGCCAGACAUGAAGCAAGUAGUGAUUACGUUAUCGCAAAUCCUUUUGUCGUCGAUCGAGUGGGAAGCGACUCUUGCCGGCAACAGCCAAAUUUUCAGUGGUCUCGUUCAAGGAAGAUAAGUAUAAUCAAAUAAUAAAAUUUAUCUUUAUUAAACAUAGAAUAAGGUGGAACUCAUUAUAUAUGUUGAUAUCUGAUUAUUAUACUAUACAAAUUCUCUUCUUUGACAUUU